UAGAGUGUAUUUGUGGUGAAUUUGGAUUUACCACAGCGAAUAUGAUAGCGCAAAAAUGCUCACAUAUGCGAUGAGUAUGUAUGACAACAUGAUGUGUGUGUAACAAUUGUUACACAAUUAUUCUUUAUUGUGAACGAAAAUUAUUGGAAUUUAUUAGAUUAGCCGGCAUACCGGCAUUUGUGGCAUAAUUUGAAGUACACGGGAUUUAGCAGCAAAAUUCAGAACAAAGUGCAUGGAUAUACACAUUACUAACAUUUAAAAUACGAUUACAAAAUUGCAAAGUUGCAAAAUUUCAUGUUAAAUUUCACAAAGGAUAAAAGGAUUAAACAGUAAAAAGGGAACAAAAGGAACAGUUAAAAAAGAGUGAGACUGAAAACGAAUACAAACAAAAAAUAAAGAAUAGAUAACUUCAAAAGCUACAUUGCACGAAAAAAAAAAAAGUAAUCAUAAUGGAGCAGCAGGACAAUACAUAUAUGGAAAAUUUUUUGCAAAAUUCACAAAAUUUAAUGGAAAAUUUGCAAAUUCCCAGUGGAAUUGGCUGUGUUGAUGGUAAUAUAGUUGCAAGUGAUGAAAUAAGUGGUAUUGGUGCUAAUAUUGGGGGAAAGUUUGAGGAAAAUGAACACAGUGAAGGAGAAUGGAAAUACGUGCAAGAAGUGCAGCAGAGCGAAAAGCAGCAAACAAUAAAAGUCGAUGGUAAAGAAGGAAUUGGUAACGGCGUUGGAGACGGCAUAUUGUUGGGCCAACACGAAUAUGAAGUUAGCAAUAGCAAUGGCAACGGCAACGGCAAUGGAAACAUGCAUGCAGAUAUUGACGCAGACAUUGACGUCGACGCUGACAUCGACGUGAACGUGCACGGCAACAUUGACGUUAACGUUAAUCUAAGCGAUGCUGGUGUUUUGAAUAAAGCAGCAGCACUUUUGGAUGAAGAAGAAGAAGAAGUAGAAAUAAUUAAAAAUGAUGGCGAUUUUUCGACUACAUCAAAUACCACAUCAACAGCAGGCGAAGACGUAGAUGCCUCAGAUUUGUUGCAUGUAGAUAUAAAAAUUGAUGAAACACAACAUAUCGUGCAACAGCAAAACGAUUUUCUAGAAAAUAUUGCAACACAAUUUGGUGCUCAAAUGUCUGGACGUGGCGAAGAAACGGAAGAAGAGGAACCAAGUUCAUUGGCCACUAAUACCACUAACGGUACAAGCAGUCUUAGCGAAAAUUCACCACAACAAUUGGCACAACAAGAUUUAUUAAAAGAUGAAAUGCAACUGCAGCAACAACAGCAGCAGCAGGAGCAGGAUGUUGAUUUUGGCAUUGCGUAUGACGAUGGUACAUUUGAACAUAAACCAAAUCCAGAUUCACUAAAACUCGAUACUUUCGCAUCGACACCAACUGAUUUUAACGUACCGUCAAUGCAUUCGCCAUUGAAUCCAGAUGCGAAGGAGUUUGUGCCAAGAUUCGGUUCAAAUCCAGGUUCGCCCACACCUGUUGACGAAACAUACAGUGCUGGUGGCGUUAUUAAUGACGAUGAUGCUAGCGUUGAAGGUGAUAAAGAUGAUAUUGUUGAUGAAGUAGCUGACGCAUUAUGUUCACCGCACCCAGUUGCUAUACCACGACAUUUAAUGGCAGAUGACUUUGUUGCAGCGAGCCCAAUCAAGGGGGAUUGUUCGAAUAUGGAUUACGUAACGUUGCCUGGUGAGAAUGAAUUCGAACACGAAGCUGCACAACGCCCGCAUGAAUUGGAACAAGCAGACGAUUUAAUAGGCGAUGGUUCAUUACAAGAAAUAAUGCCAUUGGAAAACUUAAAAAAUGCUGGCAAAAAUUUGUUUGUUGAGGAUGAGCCGCCUACAAAUGACUGCUUGGAUUAUCAACAACGCUCUCCUGACACUUUCAUAGAUCAUGGACCAGAAACAUGUGUUGACUUAGAUAACGAUGUAGAUGCAAUGAAGGAACAAGUAUUUAAACAAUAUGAAAAUGAAACAAUUGAAAAUAUUUUAAACACCGUACAACCUCUACCAAACGAAUUCGAAAGUCUCAACACAUCCUUCGCCAAUAAUAUAAAUCAAGAUAUUACCGCAGAAAUAGAAUUACUUAAUGCUUCACAAACCCCACACGAAAUCGAUGAGAUGGAAAUGAAUCUACGCAAUGAACACAAUUCACUGAAUAAUGAAGUACCACAACAGUUAAUUGAUAUGGACAAUGCGGCACUAAUGCAAGAGUCCGUCUACCUAGAACACACUUCCACUGAUAAUAACCAAUUCGAGCAAGAACGUGAAAACGCUGAUUUAUUUGCCGAAGAUUCAAUGAAUUAUGAGACUGCAAAUCAAGUGUCUGAUGAUAAACAAAUAAAUAAUAUGUUUGAAAAUUCUGUUGCUGAUGAACCAGAGAAUAUUGUUCCCAUAGAUACUGCUGUUGUCGCACCACUACAAGACUUACAAAUCUCAGCAGAACCGUUGGAAGCACACAUGAAUAUGGAUGAUGCAACACCAUCUCCCAUAUCAACUGAAGAGAAACAUUUGCUUGAAGAUACCAAGGAACAAUACAAUGCACUAACGGAUAAUGUUGUCGAUGAUUUGGAUGAACUUGAACAGAAGAUGGACAAUAUGCAAUUUGUCAAUGAUGGAGAUCUACCACAGUUGGAUCAAGUUGCAGAAUACGCAACUACCAUCAACAAUGAUAUUAUUGAUUUAACCCAAGAAUCUGAAAAUAAUUUGGAAGAAUCUAAAUAUGAGGAAGAAUUGUAUCAACAGCAACAUCAAGAACUAUUACAAAACGAACCAAUCGCCUUUGACGAAAAACAGCAACACAACGAAAAUUUGUUACAAUCUAUGGAAUAUGAGCAUGAACAUGAACAACAAAAUGAGAAACCACAGACAUUUGAAAAUAUACUUUCUACAGAUUUAAAAACCGAAUUUAAUCCAUUUGCAGCAGCUGCAGAAUUUAUCUCAAAUGCAGCAACUGAAGCAAGUGAAGUAGCUUCAUCUUUCCUAGAAACUUUCACAGCCACUAGUGCAGAAGAAGUUAAAGAAGUUGAAAAAGAACACAUUUCAGAACUCGUUACAGAACCCGUUGCAACAGAACCCGUUACGGAACCUAUUGUUGAAAACUUAGCAGAACCUGUAAUAGAAAAGGCUGAAGAGCCUGUUAUAGAAGUAGAAGUUGCUACUGUGACUGAAGAAGUUAUCAAAGCAAUGACACCCGAUUUAGUUGGCUUACAAGAAGAAAUCCUUGGUACUACAGACAAUUCUUUUGAACCUGAACCGCAAAUUGAUAAUUCAACAAUUGCUGAUACAACAGCACUUUUAGCAAAUUUAGAAAUUUCAUCUCCAGAACAAAUUCCUGCUGAUCCAGUGGUGAUACCUGAUGAAGCACCAAUUGUACAGCAACCUUUGGUAGCUGAUGUUGUUGCAGAUAGUUCAAUUGAUAAAACUGUUGUUGCUGCAAUUGCCGGUGCCGCAGUUGCUGCAACUGCAGCUGUAGUUGCUACAAGUAAAAAGGCUGCAGUUUCUGCAAAGAAGCCGAUUGGUAGUAUUACAUCCAAAGCAACAACCUCAACUAAAUCGAAACCAAUCGAUAAGAAACCUACUGAUAUAAAGAAACCUUCAACUGCAACUGGUGCUAAAACAUCCACACUUUCAGCUACACGACCACGUACUGCUCCAGCUAAGCCCACUACGUCUACCACUGCUGCUGAAAAGAAACCUACGCCAGCAGUUGCACCAAAAACUACAUCAAUGACUAUGACUAAGAGAACUGUAACAUCAACAAGUACUGCACCUAAACCAGCACCGAAAACAACAACUACUAGACCAGCAUCAUCAACACCUGCUACAGCUACUAAAACUGCUAUUUCAGCUAGAACAACUACGUCGCGUCCCACUACAGCUUCUACUACAAAUCGUAAAGUGAAUAGUACUAGUUCCACUGCUACUGGAACAACAACCACUACUGCGAAACCACGUCAAUCUCUUGGCAGUGCUACCACUGCAACUAAACCUACGACUCUUGGUCUUAACACAGUAGCACCAAAAACAAAACUUUCACCACGCACUGCUUUGUCCUCGCAAACACGCAAUUCUGCUACAGCUGCCGCUAAGAGCCCUGUUAAGCCGCUUACUAAUAACGGUCUCGCUGCUAAAACAACAGCUUCUUCCGUACCGGCUACUCGUUCUAAACCAACUACAACCACAACGACAGGUACUACUCGAACUUUUAGUGCACGUCCAGCUCCUAAAACUACUACAACAAUAACCACUACUACUACAACUACACGUCGUACUACAACUGGAACUGCUCCUAGCACCAAUACUUUAAAAACAACCAGCACUGUAUUGCGAAAAUCAACACCUUUGAAGAACUUGAGCACCACAACCGGUAAAGUGAAUUCGCCCAAUAAAAGCUCUCCACUAAAAUUAAAAACCAAAGACGUCAAUAAAGCUGCUACAACUACACCAUCUAAACCAAUUGCUAUAAAAUCCAAAAAGGCUGUUCCCGAUACAAAAACCAACGGUGAAGAUGCAACAACAUUAGUAAUAGAAUUGAAUGGUGUUUCAUCCAACCUUGAGAACGGUACACAUGAACUAGCUACCAACGGUACAUCAUCAGAUGCGUUUGUCGAUGAGCCAAAGCAGCAAUCAGUUGUUCAAACGGACCUAAUUUCGGGUGACCUUUAAACAUGGAAAAAGUUUUCCUUAUUAAAAACUAUUUAAUAAUUAAAAAAAUUUAUGCUUUUUUCAAAACUAACGAUAUACAAAAUUCAGAAAUAUCCAAUACAUGUGAAAAAAAUGAA